AUUAUUUCCAUCUCCUGUCACAUUAAGAGCAUUUUAAUGUUAAGCGAUUGGAUCAAUUGAGGUGGAGCCCACUCUCUGAUUUUGGACUGAUUGCUGGUGGAACCUCGGACCUCUGCAUCUGCUUCCUCUUUCUGGUCACGUCGUGGGCGCAUAAAGACGCCGCGGACACCGCCGAUCGUGGGGAACCAAGACCAUAGUAGAGUGCCGACGUCAGAGCGUAGGUCCAAAAAAGGAUGCCCCUACUGGGUCCACGCGCCGCACACUAAGCAGGUGCCCAUCCAAGUCCUACCUAUAAAAGCGCCCAGGGGAGCUCUCCAAGUCAUCAGUCGUUGGAUCCGCCUUCCCAUAGAUACACUUCCAUCACACCAAUUCCACCAUGGCAAAAUUCCAAGUAGUCCUCGUAGUUGCGGCCCUUAGCUUGCUGGCCGUUUCUGAAGCCCAGAAGCAGCGCUACUCGCAGCGCUUGAGCCGCGGACGUUCGAGGUAUUCCGCUCGCCAGGAGCUGGCUCCCGCGGACGGAGGCGAUACGGACGCUGUGACGCCCUACCCCUCGGCCGACGAGCUGAAGCCGGAAGUGCCGUUCGAUGAGGCGGCUGCUCCCUCGGCCGCUGAGCCCACACCGGAUGCCGUUUACGGACCGCCCGAUGCUGCGCCCAACAACGUUCCCGACGAGGUGUACGGCCCGCCGGACGUGACCGGAAACGACCUGCCCGCCGCCGCUGACAUUCCGGCGGAGCAGCAGGCUCGUUUGGUGGCUGCCAGGAGGGCUGCCAAUUACCGGAGAAUCGCUCAGCCCGUGGCCUAUCGUCGUCCGGCUUCCGCUGCAGCUCGUCCGGCCAAGUUGAGCGUCGCCCGAUCCACCGUGCGACGAUUCUAGAUUGGCAGCACCCAACUCAAAACAAAAACCCAUGACGAUCCAACCGAGACACGUUGACGACAAAGCUACACACGCGCACACUUUUUUCACCUGAACACACUGAUACACACAUGAAAACCUUACUCGAUUAUAAUAUAACACAAAUAAAUCAUGUUUUGAGAUAGAA